GCGCCGUGACGUCACUGCCCGGUAUAUAAGGCAGAAUCUGAAAUCUCGCGAUCUCUUCCCAUCUCCCAACAUGGCGGAAAAAUCAGAAAAAGAAAACCCUAUGCGCGAGCUGAGAAUCCGCAAGCUCUGCCUCAAUAUCUGUGUUGGCGAGAGUGGUGACAGACUGACCCGGGCGGCCAAAGUGCUGGAGCAGCUCACCGGGCAGACACCUGUGUUCUCCAAAGCUCGUUACACCGUGAGAUCUUUUGGAAUCAGGAGAAAUGAAAAAAUUGCAGUCCACUGUACUGUCCGAGGAGCCAAAGCAGAAGAAAUUCUAGAGAAAGGACUUAAGGUCAGAGAAUAUGAGCUGAGGAAGAAUAACUUCUCUGAAACCGGAAACUUUGGGUUUGGUAUCCAGGAGCACAUUGAUCUGGGGAUUAAAUAUGACCCAAGCAUUGGAAUCUACGGGCUGGAUUUCUACGUGGUCCUUGGCCGUCCAGGCUUUAGCAUUGCUGACAAAAAGCGCAAGACUGGCGUCAUUGGUGCAAAGCAUCGGAUUGGAAAAGAGGAGGCCAUGCGUUGGUUCCAGCAGAAGUAUGAUGGAAUCAUUCUCCCUGGAAAGUGAGCUGCUUCAGUUUCUAAAAAAUCAAUAAAAUUUCUGACAAAA